AUGCUGCUGGACGUGUCGGACUCGCGCGUGCCGACUUUGAUCGUGGCUGUUGCGUGCUGGGCCGUGGUAUGGACUCUCAUGCUGAACUUCAUCCCUGCAGGCGCUAAAAAGCGCAACCACAUUAUCUCACUGAACGCAACGCACGGUGUCGUGUCGACGAUCUCCUCGACAAUCACACUGUACUAUGGACUGGACACGACGACCUCAGUGGCAGUCUCGCUGUCGUUCUUUCUCGUGGAUCUCGCGGCUAUGCUACGCGCAGACGGACCAACGAACCUGCUUUCUCUCCGGCUUGCACGGCUUAUGGACUACGCCCACCACGCCUUUGGGUUGUACUGGGGCCUCAAGCUCUUUGUUAACGAAGCCACCAUCUGCGAUGCAUCCUUCGGCAAUGCCUACGUCUGGAUACAGACGAACGAGGUGAGCACGGGCUUUUACAACUGGUUUCGACUCACGGACAGCCCGAUGGCCGGCAUACUGUUCGUCACCUCCUUCUUCUUGUUCCGAGUGGUGUUCAAUACGGUCUACAUCGUCCCGAGGGUCACGCGCCAUUGCCAGGUGCUCUACGUCCUCGGCUGUUCGCCAUUUUUCGUGCUGCAGUAUGUCUGGUUCUACAUGAUCGUGCGAAAAAUGAUCUCGAGUCGGUCUGAUCAGAACAACAUGGUGGACAAAGGAAAGUAG